AUGCCCGCCGCCGCGAACGGUCGCUCCAAUCGGGCUGGAGGCUCCAAGGGAUCUCUCAUCGUCAAACUCAAGAUCUCCCCCGAGAAGCUCCAGCAAUUCUCGACCGAGACCCCCGAUCAGAAGCCUACGAUCACCACCACCGACAAAAUCAACGAGCGCUCCUCGCCCGCUUCCUCCACCGAAGCCCCUGCCGCUCGCCCUUCGUCCGCCGACAAUGGCUCCGAGGCCGACGCGACCUCGACCCCGGCCACGGGGGCAACUCCAGGCGACACCCCACGCCGGAAGGGAGUUCCGGGUCCCAAGCCCGGCAACAAGCGCGCAAAUGGACAGACGGAUGCUCCCAAACAACGGGGACGACCCGGUCCGAAGAAGAAGCCUCGACUUGACGAAGGAGGCGAUUUGGGCAAAAUUGCCGCCGCACACCGACUGGGUCCCAAGGCCAAUACCGGCGCCAUCAAUGCCGGUCUGCGCGCCCUAGAUCGCACCGGCGCGCCGUGUCGGAAGUGGGAGAAACAACCUCUCCGUCUGCGCAGCUUCACCGGCGUCGCCUGGCAGCUUCCAUCCUGGCGUACCCAUCUUAUCGCCAAGUCCGAGGACAGCGACGGCAAGACUGCGGCCAUCGAGAGCGGCGACAGCGACAGCAAGCCCACCCUGGCUGCCCCGGGUACGGGGACCGAUACGGUCAACGGCAGCAGUGCAGUCCCCAGCGAGAAGAGCAAUUCGGGCGACGGCGAUGUCACGCCUGCCCCGUCGAACCUGGCUGAGCCUUCGUCGCCGGCAAUCGCGAUGGCGGCUUAA